UUAUUCCUAUUCCUCACCACAACUAACUUUCUUUUUUGGAUUUUCCAAGCCUCUGUGGAGUAGAAGGCUUUUCAGGAAGCAGCAGAGAAUGGAUUUCCAGGGUGGAAAAAGAAUGAGGUCAGAAAGUAAAGUAAAGGAAUCCACAAACAACAUUUCUCAAAGCAAUGCAAGACAGGUAGUUGAACAGGACAGCCCCACCUGUCCCACAAAUAAACUUUGAUUUAAUCACAUCAUAAUAGCCAUUACAAUCUUAUACAGUUCUCAUGAGUGUACCCAUUUGCCCACAGGAUUAGCAUUCCAAAAAGAUAAUUGAAAUUGUAAAAGGAAUAAAGGGUCCCAAGCUAUGAUAGCCUUAACUUGCUUUACAAGUCUUCAUCUUGCAAUGGCAGCUACGGUUGGUUCUUUACUUUUUCGCAUAGCUGGCCAGCGCCAUGUGUGGGGUUCUUUUGAGGAUGAUUGGGUUUGUAUAGUCUUUAAGAAUUAUCUCGGCCAACACAUUUGAUUGAUGCUUUUGGCCCCACAAUCCGAACAAGUUUCUUAGCUUGACCCUUGAACAGGACAUGCAUGAUGCAUUUGAGAGCUGAAUUCUGAAAGGGGGCGUUGUGGAAUUUCAGCUAUACGCGUUAUUUGAGAUUGAUCGAGAAUUAAUUAUGCUGUUGUGGAUUCGGGCUCUUUGGUUUGGCUGUAUCAAAGAUCACACAGAAGCUCACUAGCUGAAUCUGGAGAUUUUCAAGUAAGUUUUGGCUGGCCCCUUUGUAUUUAGUUUUGUCUGGGUUUGGGGUAAUUUGUCAUAUUUAGUAUUAGUACUUGUGUUGGGACUGUCAGUUGAGUGAGAGUGAGGCAACUUUUUAUUUGUUGCUCUUAUCCCAGAACUUGAAGGGCCUAGCAGGAAAACGGCUGUAUUGUAUUAGAAUUGAGUUAGUUAUAGAGGUUGAUUUAGAAGAGAAACAGAGGAAAUGGCAUUGCAUACAAAGAAAGCAGCAUGCUUUGCGAUGAGUGGUAUUACUGUAGUGUCAGUAUUUUGCUAUAGAUUUGUUACAAAACAUCCUUUCAUCUCGUCCCUGCUCUGCAGUCUUGGGGUGUUGUAUAUAUGUUAUCCCAAGGUGUUUUUCUUUUUGGUUUCAUCUUCCCCUGUUCUUGUCUCAACUGCUCUAUUGCUGGGAACACUUCUUAGCCUUGGGCAGCCGCAUAUACCUCAGAUUGAUGAUUUAGAUGAAGAGGAAGAAGAUAAUUUAGAAGCGUCAAGCAAAGCCCUUGAGGAUGAUGAAGAUGAGAAGAAGAGGAGCAUUAACAUCGUCGAUGAAACAAGUGGUGAUGAUGAUCCACUACUUCAGAGAACAGAUGUUAAUGACGAUGCUAGUUAUGUUGUCACAGAUGCUCCUGUCACAAAGGUGUUGAGGCGAAGAUUCGAGGAAGGGAUAGAUGAUUUCUCUGCAAGACGGUAUAUUGAUUCAGAAACUCUUCUGGGAAGGAGGACAGAGAUUGUAGAAACGAUUGAAGAAGAGGAAGAGCAAUCUAACGUGGAAGACUUGGAUGAUAGUGAUGAUCGAAUUAGAAAUGAUGCACUUCCUGAAAGUGUGGAUUUCACACCAAUCCACAAAAGGAAAGUGGAAGAAGUUGCAGCAACUGAAGACAAAGGAGCAGCAACCGCCGUUGAUGAAUUCAAUCAUAUUGUUGAAACUAAUUUGGAGAAGGAACCAGAAAAUAUGGCUCAUAAAGGGGAAAUAUCAGAGAAAACUGGGGAGGAAGCUACCCUGGAAGGUGUAGGAGGGCAUGCCAUAGAAGGUAAUAUAAAGGAAGCACAUGAAAGCGAAGAUCUUGCAAAAUCUAUCCAUUUCAGUGAUACAGAGACUAUGAUUGAGAGAUCUUUAGAAAAACCAAUGAAGGAAAUUGAGGAAGAAAUGCCUCUACUAGGCCAUCCAAGCUCUUCAACUCCCGAGAUCAAUGAAGAGGUCCUCCAUCCAAGAAAGGUAGACGUUGAUUCCUCUGAAGGGACCUCUGAAUCACAAGGCAUCAACGACAAUGCUGAAGCUACAGUCAGGGAUGAGCCUCAAGCAAAGGUUUCAGAUGAUGUAGAGGUAGAAAAUGCCCAGAAGCCUUCCCUUGAGAAUUUCUUCUCAUUAGAGUUGCGUUCCUCUUGGAAGAGAUUUACACAGCGUCAUAGUCCAUCAGAUUCUGGUUCAGAUGCUGCAGAGAGUAUAUCUUCAGAUGCUUCAUUGGGUCAAUUAGAUCCCAUGUUUGAUGAACACCAUCCACUCUUAGCAUAUGAGGGAUCCAAGGCAUCUUCGGUAAGUAAUAGUAGUGUUGAAGAAGGGUUUCAUGUGGAAGAUUUCUCUCCAAGAGAACCGGUUUCUGAAGGCUUCGUUGCAUUCCCAGAUGAGCCUCAAGUUCCAUCUGAUGUACAUGAAGACGAGGAAGAGGAAGAGGAGGAAGCAUCUAAUGAUUUUGGGUUCACAUGGACUGAAGAUGAUGAGAAAAAUCUCAGGGAUCUUGGACUUUCAGAGAGGGAGAGAAUGCAACAAGAAGAAAGACUUAUUGUUAAUCCACAUGUCCAGAAUCCUCAAGGAGCUCAGGAAGAAAAUUUGAUUGAUUUUUACUCAGAAGAGAGAGUUUCACAUAUAGAAGAGGAGAAUUUGGUGGAGAUUGGUAUUGCAGGGGAAACAGCAGCAAAGACAGCAGUUGCAAUUAACUCUGAAUCUGUAGAUCACCAACCUGAAGGGAAGAUUGGCUCAGCAAGCAAAGAGAUUGCACUUGAAAUGUGUCUCAACUCGAGCAACAGAGAGAUUCCUGCCAAUGUGCAUUUCGAUUCAGGACAUGAAGAACAAACAACUGAGCUUCAGUGCGAUCAGGUACACAAAGAGAACCCAAAUGCCUUGCUAGAAGAUAAUAGCUCUCUUGAUAACCUAGAUAAGUACAUGCCAAAUGAUUUAGAAUCACCAGAAGAUCAAAGCCAACCAUCGGGAGAUGCCUUCCUGGCUGAAGCUCGUCAAGAAAUGGCCCAUGUUGAGGCUAGCUCUAUCAAAGAAAUUGAAUCAGCACCAAAAGGUGUCAUUGUAGAGGAUGUAGAAAAUAUGCUUGAAGAAAUUCAGGUUAAUUUUCCAAAGAGUUCUCUACAAUCCACUGAAACAAGUGAAGUAGCUCAGCUGACUUCUUCUACCAAAGAUCAGAUGCAUGAAGAAGGUGUACUUGCUGAUGUUGCUUCAAUACAAGAACAAUCAAAAUCCCACAAAAACACAGUGCUUGAUGAUGAUUUAAAUUCUUCAUCUUCAUCGGUUGAUGAAACUGAAAAAGAAUCAGCAGCUGUGCAAGAAGAAUGUGGGGUUAUUUCUCCAGAGAACUCUGGAGAUCACAGUCAAGAUGUUGAAGCAGAUAAUGUGUUCCCUGCUCCUGUUCAUGAGAUUCAGCGGGAAAGUAUGGACACCGUUGUAGAAAAUCUUUCUACAGAGGAACAUGAAUCCAGAUGGGAGGAAAACAAAGAGGCAUCUGAUGAUCUGAAGAACUCUGAAAAUCACAGUCAAGAUGUUGAAAUGAAAGAUAUGUUAUCUGUUCCUGUCGUGGAGAUUCCGAGGGAAACUAUAGACACUGUUGCAGAAGUUCAUUCUACUGAGGAAUAUGAUUCUGGAGAGAAAGAAGGCAAAGAGGCAUCUGAUGAUUCAAGUUCUUCUGCAUCAGAGAAAAUUGACGUGACUGCAAUGGAAGUGAUGGUGGAUAAAUCUGCAGUUAUGGAUGAAGAUAUUAAAGUCCUUUCCCCUAAGGAUUUUUCAGAAUCAAUGGAAAUGAUUGAACCAUUCAGCCAAGAUGCUUCUUUAGCAACAGAGGUGCUGAGAGAUGAUUCAACUACACUUGUAGAAGAAGCUUUCUCUGAGAACCAACAUGAAAAAAUGGAAGCAACACAUUAUGAUUUAAGCUCUCCUGCAUCAGGCGAGUUUGAUUUGGCAACAGGGGAACUUACUGCAGAGGAUUCUACCUAUAAGCAUGAUGUGGUACAAAUUGAGUCUCUCAAGGUGGAAGAACAACCAAAAGAGAAAGAGCGCGCAAUUGAGGAAGAUUCUAGCCUAGAGACUGAGAAAACUGAGAAACGCUUAAAGGACACAAGCUGUUCGGCAUCAGCAGAAACAGAAUCAACAUCUGGUGAGUUUCUUGAAGGGGUAGUUGGUAAACAUGAAGAAAUUAAUGAAGUUCCUCUGAAGAUCUCUCAAGGAUCAACUGAAAUAACGGAAGCUGUGCUUGGGGAUAAUUUACCAACUGCCAGGGAGAUGGAUUUUUCAGAAGCGCAAGGAGUAAAAUUGGAGGAGCAUAAAGAACUAUCUGAUGAUGAUGAUUUGAGCUUUUCCGCAACAAAUAUAGCUACUUCUGAUAACCAAGGGUUGAUAAUGCUUGAUGUCAAGUCCAAGGAGGAACUUGCAUCAGUCUUUGAGCAUGUGGUUUCACAUGAAUUGGACGCAACAAAUACAGCUACUUCUGAUAACCAAGGGUUGAUAAUGCUUGAUGUCAAGUCCAAGGAGGAACUUGAAUCAGUCUCUGAGCAUGUGGUUUCACAUGAAUUGGACAAUAAAUAUGAAGAAAGUCAUUUAGUUCCUUCAGAGACUGAUCAGGAAUCUACUGCAACAAUUGAACAAGGUGAGCAAGAUUCUACUCUUCAAAUGCAUAUGCCCAGAGAUGCUUUUAGCGAAGAUGCUGUAUCAGAAGAACAACAACCAGUACCAGAAGAGACCAAAAACACAUCUGAUGAUUCCAGCUCUUCUGCAUCAGACAUAAGCUCGUUUGAAAGGAUAGAGGAACUGACCAGUACUGAGAUUAAUUCUAAAGAGCAAAUUGAAGCAGCUCUCAAGGAAGCUAUUGCAGAAGAAGUAUCCCAUAAGAACAAGGAGGUUCAAUUCGGUACCAGAAGUAUCCCAGAAGAAGAAGAACGACAACCAGUACCAGAAGAGAUUGCAAACACAUCUGAUGAUUCCAGCUCUUCUGCAUCAGACAUAAGCUCGUUUGAAAGGAUAGAGGAACUGACCAGUCUUGAGAUUAAUUCUAAAGAGCAAAUUGAAGCAGCUCUCAAGGAAGCUAUUGCAGAAGAAGUAUCCCAUAAGAACAAGGAGGUUCAAUUCAGUCCUACACUAGUUUCCGAGAGACCCACUGAAACAUUUGAACCAACAAUACUAGAAUCUCCUCCAGAGAUAGACAUGCAGAGAGAUGUUUCGCCUUCUGAUAUACCAAGCACCUCGCUGACAGAAGAGUACCAUUCAGAAUCUGAGAAAACUGUAGAAGCAUGUAAUGACAUGAAUUCUGCUGCAAUGGAAGUAAGGAAAAGACCUUCAUCUGAUGGUGGGGAGAUUCAGUAGCAGAGGAGUUUAGUUUAAAAGUGUUUGACUGAUUUAUUUUUUGCAACAGUUGGCAUGAUUUUCCGUUCAACCCUCUUACAGAAACCAACGGUGUAGAUAGACCUUUCACUUUUUUGUCACCUCUAGUGUGUUUAUUGUUCAAAAAGCCAUACCAAUUUACCCCAUUGAGGAUCACAGGUACUGUUAUUAUCACCUGUUUCCUAGCAUAUGGACAUGUGAAUCAGGUGUUGCAGAUGAAAAGGUUUAUAGAAUUCAGAUCAACCAGAUGUCGCAGAGUGCAGACCAACUGAUAUUGGUUUUUCUCUAAUCUGUCAAGGGUUUAUGCAGAUGCAAGUAUGUUGUCCAUAUGAAAACUGUGAGAGUAAAACCACAGCAUCAGAACAGUGUUGCCUAUUAGUUUUUUUUUGGAUUUUUGUCACUACUAAAUAGUAAAUAUGCACACCAAUGACUCCCGAGAAGUCUCAUUCUAUUUGCUAUGAUUAAUAAUAAGCCAGUUUUGAGUGCAAUGCUCUAUUCCUUAAGUUUGCCAAUAUAAGAGGUCGUUUCUUCUGUGCAGGAGGAAACAGUUUGGCUGGUCAUUGAAAAUGCAGUUUCUGUGUUGCUUGGCAACUGCUCUUCUGCAUUCUUUCCUUCUUUUUAGUGUUCGAAUUUUCCAGGCUUGAGUCUAGCAGGAUAUAUCGUCCAUCAACAUUCUUUGGUUUUGAUUGUCCUAUUUGGAAUAAUAGAUAAUUUUAGGGAGAUGAGUGUUUAGCUGCAGAUUCAAAUUUAUGCUUAUGAAAGUUGUGAAGAUGUUUACAUGGCUAUGGCAAGAUGGUUUUCAUCAUCUAGCCCUAAUGUAACUCUGUAAUGUGAAUCUAAUAUAUCAAGGCUUGAUUUUUUAA